AUGCUUUCACAGUACUACCUCGCCAUGCUCGCCACUCUAGCAGCUGGCAGCUCAGCAGCGGCCCUCGAACCCCGUCAACCCACAUGCACCUUCAAACUCGGAUAUUUACACACCCAGAACCCAGUUGGAGGAGGAGACGUGAACCUUUCCUGCCAUGCCACUCUCGACUACGGCGAUGGCCGCAAGGAGAACCUAUCCGAAAAGUGCAACGAGGUCAGUCGUGACCACUGCUACGAAUCGCAGCUGCCCUUCAAAAUCUGUAUUGUCACCAACACUGAUAAUACCGAUGGCUAUUUGGACUAUGCUAAUAAGCAUCGUGACUUUAACGAGGAGGGUUGCUCGAAGGACGGCUGGGCGAACCCGGUUGGUGCGAGCAACGAGGUUACUUGCACUUUUCCCUGUGAUUAG